AUGGAAGCCAAAAAGGUCAUCGAGAAUGUCCAGGGCAUCAACGGUGGACAGCCGACGAAUGGCUCUCUCCGCCUCACAGACUACCACCUGGUGUUUUGCGCGCCUGUGAACCCUCCCGCCAACUCGUCGCCCGAGACGACGCCCGUGACGACACCUGCUACGCCCCCCAAGACCCGGGAGCGAUGGCUCACAUAUCCCAUCUUUAGCCACUGCACCUUUCGGCCGACGCCCCCAGGAUCCAGACAGGCCUCCUCCAUCCGAAUCCGCUGCCGGGACUUUACAUUUGUUACGUUCAACUUUGCCAGCAGCGAAGCGGCCAAGGAAGUCUUUGAGUUUAUCAAAGUCCGCACCUGCAAGCUCGGCACUGUAGAGAGGCUCUUUGCUUUCUCGCACAAGCCUCUAAAGAAUGAGCGACAGGUUGAUGGCUGGCACUUUUAUGACCCAAAGGCCGAGUUCAGACGGCAGGGCAUCAGCGAGAAGCUGCCAGACAAGGGCUGGAGGAUAACCCACAUCAACAAGGACUACACAUUCUGCGACACAUACCCCGCGUUUCUGGUCGUUCCGUCCAAGAUAUCUGAUAAUGUCUUGAAAUACGCCAAGGACUUUCGCUCGAGAUGCCGUAUACCUACCCUGUCUUAUAUUCACCCCGUCAACAACUGCACCAUCACAAGAAGCUCGCAACCGUUGGCGGGCAUCACGAGAAAGACAAAUGUGCAGGACGAAAAGCUGGUCGCUGCUUCGUUCUCCGCUUCCAUGCCUGCUGGUUCGGAGAGUGGUACGCCCAUGUCUAGUCAGCUGGAUGUUUCGAGCACCAGCUCCAGCCAAGCAGCAGAGCUGAGCGAGACAGACAAGCUUGAGGAUGAGAUGAUUGCACAGUCUGUACUCAUGUAUGAUGAGAAAACGGGGAAAAGGCUCGUCUACGGUGCUCAACAAAGCAACCUGAUUGUUGAUGCUCGGCCAACAAUCAACGCCGUUAUUAAUCAGGUUCAAGGAAUGGGCUCCGAGAACAUGGACAAGUACAAGUUUGCGACCAAGAUUUUCCUUAGCAUCGAGAAUAUCCACGUCAUGCGCAGCUCUCUUAACAAGGUCGUCGAAGCCCUCAAGGACGCCGACAUGUCGCCUUUACCCCCCAACAGGGAAAUUCUGCACCAGAGUAACUGGCUCAGGCACAUACACGAUGUUCUCGCCGGCUCCGCCAUCAUCACUCGCCAAGUCGGGAUCAAUCACUCUCACGUACUCAUUCACUGCUCCGAUGGCUGGGAUCGUACAAGUCAGCUGAGCGCACUUUCACAAAUCAUGCUUGAUCCAUACUACCGAACGAUAGAGGGCUUUGUGGUGCUGGUCGAAAAGGACUGGCUGUCCUUUGGUCACAUGUUUAGAUUACGCUCAGGACACCUCAACCACGAAGACUGGUUCACGGUGCAACGCGACGCCUUUGCCGGCACCAAGGUGAAUCCGGGUGAGAAUGACGGUCGCAAUGACGCUUUCCAAAACGUCCUUAGCGGUGCGAAACGCUUUUUCAACCCAAGCAAGGAUGACGAUGAGCCAGACGCUGCCAGUGAAGCAGCAUCUGGUAAAGUGGUUAACGAAGAGGCGACUACGCCCAAGAUGGUCAGCCCAGUCUUCCACCAGUUCUUGGACUGCACCUACCAGCUCAUACGCCAGCACAAGGACCGAUUCGAGUACAACGAGAGAUUCCUGCGACGUUUACUCUAUCACCUGUACUCUUGCCAGUACGGCACCUUCCUUUAUAACUCUGAGAAGCAGCGCGUCGACGCCAAUGUCAUGGAACGGACCUCGUCUGUCUGGGACUACUUCCUAUGCCGCAAGCAAGAAUUUACCAAUCCCGACUACGAUCCUACUGUCGAUGACCUCGUCAAAGGCAAGGAACGCAUCAUUUUUCCUCGCCUCAAGGAUAUCCGCUGGUGGUACCAAGCCUUUGGCCGUACCGACGAUGAGAUGAACGCCACACUCGACGCCACCGCUCUUAGUGAGAGCGAGCGACAGGCAGCUGUCUCACGACUACACAACUCGGGCGCUGCGUCGCCGAGCCCCAAGCCUCCAAGCCUGGGAACAAGCCAGUCGGUCUUGACCGGAGUGGAAACAGCUCACCAGACGCUUACCCCGCCACCAAAUUCCUCUCUUAAGCGCAGUGUCUCGGCCGAGGGUGUGGGCGCGAGCGCAGGUACUGGUGCAGGCGCCUUUGCGGCCCUUCGCGACGGCCUCGCAAAUAUUAAUAUCGGCAAAGGCGUCUUUUCCACCCCAGCACCGGUAGAGGAGGCAGGCCAGUCCGAGAUUAAGGCCAAGCCAGAGCAAGAAAUGCAGGAGAUGACGUAG